CGUCGACUGUCAUGACGCCAUCACUGUUGUCAACAUCAAUCAAAGAAUGGAACGAUAACAUCGCUGUCCCGUUAUUUCUUUAACGAAAUUAUGAUUAAGGCAAUAUUAGUAUUUAAUAAUCACGGAAAACCGAGACUAUCUAAAUUUUUCCAGUUUUAUCCUGAAGAUGUCCAGCAGCAGAUUAUCAGAGAAACUUUCCAUCUUGUAUCCAAAAGAGAUGAUAACGUUUGUAAUUUCCUUGAGGGUGGCACGCUGAUAGGUGGGGCAGAUUUCAAACUUAUAUAUCGGCACUACGCGACUUUAUACUUUGUGUUUUGUGUUGAUUCAUCAGAAAGUGAGCUUGGUAUUUUGGAUCUAAUUCAGGUAUUUGUUGAAACUCUGGACAAGUGUUUUGAAAAUGUCUGUGAGUUAGAUUUAAUUUUUCAUGUUGAUAAGGUCCAUUAUAUUCUUUCUGAGUUAGUCAUGGGUGGAAUGGUACUGGAAACUAACAUGUCUGAAAUUCUCACUAGAAUUGAUGAACAAAACAAGCUGGAAAAAACUGAGGCUGGUAUCGCUGCUGCACCCGCUCGAGCUGUAUCAGCUGUCAAAGAAAUGAACAUUCCACAGAAAAUUAAAGACAUCAAACUCCCAGAUUUACCAUCUAUUGGGAAUCUGAAAUUUUAAAAUGAGCCAUCGAAAUUAGGAUGGCCUGUAAUUUGAGGCAUAUCCAUACAUUUUUUUUGACUGCAGUAUUAGUAAGCUUGAUAAAAUAAUGCAUAUCUAAACUUUCCUGAUAGUUUGAAUUAUCACUCCGUGUGCAUGUGUGUGCGUGUGUGUGUGUGUGUGUUUGUGUGUGCAUGUGUACUUGGGUGUGUGUGCGCAUACAUUUUUCAUUCUGUUUUUCAUAACAUUUGAAUUAAUUCUUUUCUUUCGAAAGAAAAUAUUCUUGUUAUCAAUUGUUUUUACCUAUAAUUUUUUCCAAAAAGCGAAAAAUAUGAGAUAUUCAUAAAAAAAAAAAAAAAAAAAAAGGUAAAAGAAAUAUUUUUUGUAUAAAUAAAAUAAAUGUAUUUUAGUUGAAAAAUAGCUAAUUGUGUACAAAUCCACUUCAUGCAGUCAACAUCUGAAAGCUUCAUGUUAAUAUUUUUUUUUAUGACAUAAAUAAAUGAAUACAUGCAAAGAAUUUGAUGUAAUUCAAUCCCAGAAGAAGAGGAAGAAAAAAAAAAUGAAAAUAUUACAAA